AUGGGGAAGCUGGUGGUGCUGACCCUGCUCGGGCUGGGCCUGGCCCUGCUCGGGGAGAGGUUUGUGGCGCUCAGAGAGAGGAUUAAUGCAGAUCGAGAAGUGAAGCCAGUGGAACCUCAGAACUGCCACCUCAUUGAGGGAAUUGAAAAUGGCUCCGAAGAUAUUGAUAUACUUCCUAGUGGGCUGGCUUUUAUCUCCAGUGGAUUAAAAUAUCCUGGCAUGCCAAGCUUUGCACCAGAUGAGCCAGGACAAAUCUUCAUGAUGGAUCUGAAUGAGCAGAACUCAAGGGUCCAGGCACUGCCAAUCAGUGAUGGUUUUGACAAAGCAUCAUUCAAUCCACAUGGGAUCAGUACUUUCAUUGACAAAGACCACACUGUGUACCUUUAUGUUGUGAAUCAUCCCCACAUGAAGUCUACUGUGGAGAUAUUUAAAUUUGAGGCACAACAACGUUCUCUGGUUCACCUGAAAACUAUAAAACACGAACUUCUCCAAAGUGUGAAUGACAUCGUGGUUCUCGGGCCAGAACAGUUCUAUGCCACCAGAGACCACUAUUUUACCAGCCACUUCUUGAGACUAUUAGAGACAUUCAUAGAUCUUCAGUGGACUUACGUUCUUUUCUAUAGUCCAAAGGAAGUCAAAGUGGUGGCCGAAGGAUUAAGUUCUGCCAAUGGGAUCACAAUCUCACUAGACAAAAAGUAUAUCUAUGUAGCUGAUGUAAUGGCUAAGAACAUUCAUGUAAUGAAAAUUCAUGAUAACUGGGAUUUAACUCGACUGAAGGUAAUACAGUUGGACACCUUAGUGGAUAACUUAGUCAUCGAUCCUGACACCGGGGAUAUUUUGGCAGGAUGCCAUCCUAAUGCCAGGAAGUUGCUGAUCUAUAACCCCAAGGAUCCUCCAGGGUCAGAAGUACUUCGCAUCCAGGGUGUUCUGUCAGAGAAGCCCAGGAUAAGCACCGUGUAUGCCAACUCGGGCUCUGUGCUCCAGGGCAGCUCUGUGGCUGUUGUGUACAACAGGAUACUUCUCAUAGGCACCGUGUUUCACAAAGCUCUGUACUGUGAGCUCUAG